UUUACUGGAAGCGCUUGUAUUAAACCCAUCGAAUUUUAAUGCUGGAGAACCAGUCUCGUAUCUCUGUCAAAGUUUUAGCAAAAUUAAUUUAUUGAACCAUAUUUAUUUGAAGUGUCAAUUACAGUACAUCACUAAAACCGAUUGGUUUGUUGCAGUAAUUCAGCGAUUACAUAAUCAUGGAUGCUCCUUCAGGAUAUCGUCAACCAGUACCUGGAAAGCGCAAGGGUAAAUCACAGAAACAUGCCCAGCCUCAACCCCAACUUUUCCAGGACACCAGUUCUCCACAACCAAGUAUGCCACCACCACAGGGAUAUCCUGUGAACUAUGGACCCAGCCAUGGUUUUACAGAUUCCCCACAGCCAAGCUUUCCAGGACAACAGGUGCUCAAUGAUCCGAUGGCGUCAAUGGCGAUGCAGUAUGGCACGUCUCUGGCUGGUCAGGGUAAAGAACUGCUGAAUAAAAACAUAGAACAGUAUGUAGCCUCAUCGAAAAUCAAAUACUAUUUUGCUGUAGAUACCACAUAUGUAGGAAAGAAGCUGGGAUUGUUGGCAUUUCCAUUUACACACUCGGACUGGUCAAUACGGUAUAAUCAAGAGGAACCUGUUGCUCCCAGAUAUGAAGUAAAUGCUCCUGAUUUAUAUAUACCUAUAAUGGCUUUUGUAACGUACAUUCUUGUUGCUGGUCUUGUUAUGGGAACACAGGAAAGAUUUACCCCCGAGCAGCUGGGCGUCCAGGCUAGUUCUGCCCUAGUGUGGAUCAUCAUAGAACUUCUUGCAAUUCUACUUAGUCUUUAUUUGAUGAACCUCAGCAAAGAGAUUAAAUACCUCGAUAUGAUUGCAUACUUAGGAUAUAAAUUUGUUGGGAUGAUUUUUAGUUUAUUAGGUGGACUUGUUAUGAAAGCAACAGGAUAUUAUUCAGUGCUGCUGUGGUUUAGUCUAACACUAGUAUUUUUCUUGGUGAGAACACUGAAAGUACAGAUCCUUCCUCACAGUACGGAUGACGGUUUUUCAAAAGGAAACAAGAGAAGCCUGUACUUGAUAUUAUCUGUGGCUCUGUUUCAACCUCUCAUGAUGUGGUGGCUCACAAGUUACAUAAUGUUUGGAAAAAAGUUGUAAACCACUUGAACAGGACUUCCAUGAAGUUGUUAAGCAAAAUGCUUUUUGGGGUUAUUGAAUUAGUUCUGGCACACUGCUUUCUAGAAGGUGAAAACAGAGAGCAAGCAGAUUUAUUAAGUGCCUGUUGAAAAAUACUGUUUAAUAGCUCACAUCCGUCCUGUUGAUUCAGUAACAGGAAUAAAGAGUAUUUAAUGACAUUUUUUGUUAAAAUGACCAGUCCCCGUGGAGAUAAAGUUUCUCUCUUUAUAUCAAGACAUGACAUUAUUUUGCUACCACUUGUUCAAGUUAUUUGAUCCUAAUUGGUGCAAGACCACCUAAUACUAAAUGUUUUGUCAUGCUGCUAUUAAUAAAGAAGGCAAAUAAAAAAUAUAGGUUGUGCACUUUGAAAUGGAAAUGUUUCAGAAAAAUAUUAUCAUGCAACCAUACUUCCUGUGACAUAGUUUAACACCCAGUAGUGGAUGUAUUUUUCGUGCUGGGAUGACGUUGAACAUCUAUUCUAUUCUAUUCUUGUGACAUCAUUUUAAGGAUUGUUGCGUCACUUCCUAAUAACACCAAUGUCUAUAUUACUAGAAUGAGAACUUUGGUGUUGCGGUGUGUUAUCAGGUCACUAGGAAUUAAUUCUGCAGAUGAUAGUGGGUUGGAUACUCAUUUUACAAUGGCAAUUAGUGACACUCAACAGCCAGUGACAUAGAUUUUCCUUAAGUCGGAUCUAAACUUUUGUUUAUUUUCAUAAAAAAAGCUGUAAAAAAUAUAGGUUGAAAGGGUUGCAUGAUAAGAAACGCACAUAUAUAUAUCAGGUUACUGUUUCGAUAGUAUUUAUUAGUUUGCCUGUUACCUACACUUUGCCAAUAAAUGCCAAGUCAUAGUAACCUGAUAUUCUAUAUUUAGCACCAAGAUUACAAAGUCUUGCAAAAUGGGGGGGGGGGGGGGAGGUA